AGUCGGACAAAAAGAAGGCGUCCAGCCGAGGAGACCACCAACCACUUCGAGAAGCUCCUCCAAGCCCCAUGUCCGAACCAUCAGCAUCCGGUCCGACACACCUGUAGGGAUUAUGGGUUACUUAGAAAAUUUCUAAGUUCUAAGCAAGGAGAUAGGACAUGAGCCCCGUAAAAACAGAAAGCCAAGGGGAAGGGGACCGCUUUCCUUGCCGAUAUUGGCUGCUCGCUGAUCUUUGAGGGCCGCGAUUACCGCACCUCGAGGAGGCGAGGUGAGGCGUAAAAAACUCAAACAACGUAAGGUGUUCGACACCCGGUCAGCGGCCUCGACCUCUUUCGGUCGAUCCAACUACACCAUUGCGCUGAAUCAAUCUGCCCGCUCCGAGCGCAUUCUCUGGCCGAGCCAAUGCCCGCCUAUCAUCGACCCCACCAAAUGGUAUAGCACAACUGACCAAAGUACUCAUGGCUAGGGGUAGCAGGCUUGUCAUUCGGUUUGAUCUCCAAAGUUACUCGAUUUUACCGGCAUCUCUGCUGCAGAUUGGUGAUUUUAUUUUUUUUGGCGACAUCUAUACUACAGAUUGAAAAUUAUUGAUUUUCUCAAAUACCGAGGCAUUCAGUUCUGGAAUUUGGUUUGACGUCGACAUGCUUCUACGCAGACAGCAGCAGAGCAUAGGAUCGAUUCCUAGCUUACGUUGGAAUUGCUAUGCGUGAGAUAUUUUUUCGAGGCAGUCUUUUGGGCGACAGCGAUUUGAUUGAAGUGCAGAUGAGAACAAAUGUACGGAGAGAACUGCCUGAGUUACCUUUUACGCAGCAGGGCGUCCCCACUCCCCCACGGCGUUAUGCCGCGCCCACCACCUGUUCGGCAAAAUGGCUAGUAUGUCAUAUGUGCAAUAAACUAAUACACUUGACGGGUCGCGAGUUUGUUGCGCAUGGACCUAUUCUGAUCAUAGUGGAUGCAGGUUGGGGAUUUCAAUGGGACACUCUGACAUUAGCUUCUGCCAUCAGAAGGCGGUGAGAUCUCACAGUACGUCUGUGGAGCUGUGCAUUACUUCCACAUGGCCUUGUUCUGAUCAUGGUGGAUUCGGGCUAUCCAUUUUGAAGAGGACACUCAUGUAGUUUCUGCUACUCGAGCAAGAAGGCGAGGAGAUCUUGCAAGGAUGGGAGGCUUGAAAGUUGGGGGGAGAUAUGAUAAGAACAAGGCUACAGAGGAUCGAAUAGCUUGUCUUGUUGAUUAAACACUGUGACUUUAGCAAAGAAUUUGUGCACUGUUUUCCUUUUUCUGCAGGCAGUUGAUGGGUGCGGAGCAGGGAGGCACGCGGGCGACUAUUCUAUGUUGCACCACCACAGGGAGGCCACCAUAUGCGGCGAGCAUCCGCGGCUUGUGAAUCCACACACCUUUAUUCUGAAUUGACCGGAAAAUAUCACAAAGGAAGUACAUCAGCUGCAAUUAUCACAGACAGGCUUGUUCCAUUGACAAUUAGCAUAUCCUUUUGAAAUAUUAUACAAUUCUAUUUCGACUGGGAAAAUGUGUCUUCCAAUUGCAGCCACCACUGCCCUUAACAAUAGCGUUUAGCUAAAUAUAUAGCUUAACUGAGAAAAAUAUGCAUGCAUAUCCUAUACUUUAUACCUGUGGUGAAGCUAGAUAAACUUAGGACGGGGUGGGGUGGGAUGUGCUCUUGCCUUGUGGGGCAUAUAAAUUUUAUGGAGGGAGGGUGAAUAUAUGGUAAAAAAAUAGACAAAAUCACUGCUUUAGCAUUUUUUACAGGGUGCAUUUGCAUCCCUUACUCUCAACGCAGCCUCACCCCUGCUUUAUAGGCAGCAUGCCCAUGUUUAUUGUCGAGACUAAUCCUUUAAUGCUUUAUAGUCAGUGUGCCCAUUUGGUGUUUGAUUACGGUCAUAUGUCUUAUUGGUUCAGUGGAGACGGAGCCUAGCUAUGCAAUCUUAGGCUUUUUUCUGUUUUGAUUCCGCACAAUCACUUGCACGGACGGCAUAACGUGCGGAACACAAUUUGUGUUUAGGUUCUGGUGUAGCUCUUCAUCUUUUCUCAUAAUCUCUUAUGAAGGAUUUAGGUGCUGAUGCAACAUUUCAAGAAUAACUUUUGAAGUGGAUAAAUGCGUUCUUAUCUUUCAGUCCUGCACACUUUGUUGGUUGCAUGCAGGGGCAGACCCAAGUAGGGCCGAGUGAGGGCACAUGCCCCCGCUCAUUUCUUUGUUCUAAGUACUAGAGUCUAAAUUUUCAUCAUGAGGUCCCCUGCUCAGUCUAAUUUAGAUGCCUAUAUUCUGGUAUUUUAGUUCUCGUCCUUACAAGUAUGCUCUCAGUUAUAUUUUGUCCUGGGUCCGCCCCUGGUUGCAUGUGCCCGUGUUGGCAGAUAGUGUGCAUUCCUUAGGGGUGUAUUAUCGAUAACUUUGUGGGUGGUUAGACAAUUAUUAUUGUCUCUAAAUCUGCACCUUCUGUCUCAUGAGUGUUGGUAGUUUCUUCUGGACGUUUUAAUUUGUUGAAGAAAAUAUUCUUCAAAUAUCUUUUAGUAGUCAUAAGAACAAAAUGUCCAUUCUCAUUGGUUUGUAUUUUGAUCUUUCAUUUUCAGUAGCUCUGUGGUAGGGUCCAUGGGAUUGUCUUGCAGAGGAAACAUCAAAGUUGUUUUAGGUGUUCUCAAUCUCUGGAAAGUCUGGUAAGUAUUACUACUCACUAGAAUCAGUAUAGUUAUGAUAGAAAAAUUCCUGGAUGAAAGAAAAUAAGGGUAUGCCAAAAGUACCACUUUUUUCAACCCUUUUAGGGCUAGUUUGGAAACUAAAAUCCCCUCCGGGAUUCCCGAGGAUUGAAUGGGAAAAUAGCUAAUUUUCCCCUCAAUCCCCGGGAAUCUCAGAGGGGAUUUAAGUUUCCAAACUAGACCUUAGUAGUUGCUUUAUCAGGUUAUCCUAUCCUUUGAACUACUUUAGCCAUGCCCUUAAAAAUUAUGGUUUUGACACUGAACAGUUCACCUUUAGAAGAUAAAAUUGUCCUACGUUGCACAUUGUUUCUCCAAACCUGCAGAAGUGUAGUUUCACAUAACGAGAACACAAGUUAAGUGUGACAAGACAAAACAAUGUAACAGAUGAAGUACUGAGUCGAGACAGAUAAUUUAAAGUAGAACAGUAAUGACAGUGGAACUUCUAGAUAUACUGUAACAUAUUAUCGCGUCCAUAACAAUUGUAUGUGGAUUGUUUUACUUGGGUGCACCAUCCAAUUAGUCCAGAAUCUCUCGGAUAAGGUAGAGAGAAAUUAAGAAGAUAUAUGCUUCUCGGGUCAUGCAAGAUCUAUAAAAGGGGUGCACUUGCUCCAGAAACCGUUACUUUGAGCCAUUGCCUUCCUCUUCUAAAUAAGACCCAUCUCUAAUUCUUCUAACAUGGAUGCACAUAAGUUAGGUUACACAGGAAAUGAUGUUCUUCAAGAGCUUGAAAUACUGACUAUAAAUGCCAAAGCAGCACAAGAGGUUAUAUUGAGUAAAAUUCUUGAGAAGAAUCAGGCUACUGAAUACCUGAACAAAUUCAUGAAUGGGUCCGUAGACAUUUCUGCCUUCAAGAGCCAGGUUCCAGUAGUGACGUAUGAUGUGGUCCAACCCUACAUUGCAAGGAUUGCCGCUGGUGAAAGGUCUUCAAUUUUGUGUGGAGAACAAAUUGUAGAGCUGCUCCGAAGCUCGGGAACUUCUCAGGGUGAACCAAGAUUGAUGCCAUCAAUCUCAGAGGAUAUUUACCGCCGAAUGUAUCUGUAUAGUCUGAUCAUGCCUAUCAUGAGCAAGUACAUACGAGGCCUUGGCGAGGGGAAGGCAAUGUAUCUUCUCUUUGUGAAAGCUGAAACAUUGACAAAUGCUGGCAUUCCAGUCCGAUCAGUCCUCACCAGCUACUACAAGAGCCCUCAGUUCUUGCAGCGCAAGCACGACCUCUACAACAGCUACACCAGUCCCGACGAGGUCAUUCUUUGCCCCGACAGCCAGCAGAGCAUGUACUGCCAGCUACUCUGCGGCCUGGUGGAACGCCAGAACGUCGUCCGUCUCGGAGCAGUCUUCGCCUCAGCAUUCCUCCGGUCCAUCAGCUUCCUCGAGAAGCACUGGCAUGACCUAGUCACCGACAUCCGAACCGGCCGGAUCAAUCCCAGCAUCACCAACGCCGCAUGCCGGGUGGCCACGGAGAGCUUUCUCGCGCAGCCCAACCCCGAGCUAGCUGACGAAGUCGAGGCGAUAUGCAGCUCGGAGUCAUGGAAGGGCGUUCUUGGCAGGCUCUGGCCUAACGUCAAGUACAUCGAGGCCGUCCUGACGGGGACGAUGGCGCAGUACGUCCCCAUGCUCGAGUUCUACAGCGACGGCAGGAUCCCCCUGGUCUGCACCAUGUACGCUUCCUCGGAGAGCUACUUCGGCGUCAACCUGCGGCCGCUGUGCAGCCCGAAGGACGUGUCCUACACCAUCCUCCCCAACAUGGCCUACUUCGAGUUCGUGCCGUUGGACGACGGCCUCAGGCUGGCGGAGGAUGGUGAGGCUGUGGAGAAGGAGAAGCUUGUCGGCCUCGUGGACGUCAAGGUCGGAUGCUACUACGAGCUCGUGGUUACCACAUUUGCCGGUCUUUACAGGUACAGGGUAGGCGAUGUACUCCAGGUGACAGGCUUCUACAACCGCGCACCCCAGUUCAAAUUCAUCUGCCGGAGGAACGUGAUCCUGAGCGUGGACGCAGACAAGACGAACGAGGAAGACCUCCACGGCAGCGUCUCCCGGGCCAAGAAGAUCCUGGAGGACCGAGGCCACAUCCUACUGGAGUACACCAGCUUCACCGACACGUCGACGGUGCCGGGCCACUACGUCCUGUUCUGGGAGGUGAAGGCCACGCCCACCUCCGGCUCCGGGGGCGCGCGGCUGGACGCGCAGGUCCUGGAGAGCUGCUGCGUCGCCGUGGAGGAGUCGCUGGACUGCGUGUACAGGCGGUGCAGGGCGCACGACAGGUCCGUGGGGCCGCUGGAGAUACGGCUGGUGGAAGCCGGCGCCUUCGACGCGCUCAUGGACCUGUUGGUCAGCCAGGGCGGCUCCAUCAACCAGUACAAGACGCCACGGUGCAUCGAGCCGGGCGGCGCCGCGCUGGAGCUGCUCGACUCCAAGGCCACCGCCUCGUUCUUCAGCCCCCGGGAUCCUGAAGCUACUGGUGUCUGAGGUUGUUCUGCUACUCUGAAACUAAUCCUCUGCUGGAUCUAAAUAAUCUGAGAAUUUUCGUCUGGGUUAUCCCCGUUUACAUUGCACUUUUGUCAGGCUUUGCUACUAUGCAAAGAAGCCUUUUUUCUUUAUUUGAGAUUGUGAUCAUCAAUUGUCUAUCACUUGACGACUUUUGUGUGUGUGAUUGACGGAGCGCAUGGAUUAUAUAACAAUAAAAUAAAGUAAAGAGAGAGGCCACGCAUGCUUUUCCGAAAGCAUCAGUGGUGAGUGAGCUUUCAA